GCUACUAGAGACAUGGAAAACAAUAAGCACCAAAAACAUCAUAAGGGAGAGGGAAAAAAUGAUAGCAAUAUCAAAUUAUGUGAUCUACCUAUUGACAUUCACCACAAGAUUUUAUCUAACCUUCCAACAAAAGAAGCUAUUGGUACUUGUGUACUAUCCAAAUCAUGGUUAAAUAAGUGGAAGGGUAUCAACGUAAUUGACUUAGAAGAAAGUGAUGAACCUAAUAAGAGGCAACAAUUCGUUGACUUUGUGGAAAAGUUGCUUGUGGCUUGUAAUACUUCAAGCCUUAAAAAAUUCUCUCUUUUGUUUGAAGUUGGUGAUGAAACGCCAAGGCUUAAUGCAUGGUUAGCUGUUUUUGUCAAUCCUAUGAUUGAAGAAUUGAGCCUUAAACUUGAUAGAGUUGAGGAACCAUUGGUGUUACCUCAACAUUUUUUUACUUCUGAAACAUUGACCAAGUUUGAACUUAGUAUGCAACAAGUAAUAAGUCUUCCUCCUUCCACCAUUAGUUUUAAAAAUCUUGUUACAUUGACAUUGAAAAAUGUUAUCUUCCCUAGUAAUUACUACACAGCAAGAUUUUUUCUUGGUUUACCGUCUUUGAAGGAAAUAACUCUAAUUGAUUGUAAUUGGAAAAAUGCGGGUUAUAUUAUUAUUUGUUGUUCAUCCCUUCAAACAGUGUUUAUUAGGGAAUGGAAAGACGAAGAAGAAGAUGAUGAAAAUCAUAACAAUGAAGAAGAAGAUCAUGAUGAUCAAAAUAAUCAUGGUAAAAUAGCCAUCUAUGCAACUAAAUUGUUGACAUUUUUAUAUGAUGGUGAUAUGAUAAAUGAUUAUUCCUUGAUUUUCACAACCAUGGUCACCAAUGCUACCAUUGAGGUUCAUCAACAUCACAAUAAAAAAUUGUGUGCUUGUUAUUUUAUGUUCAAGCUUUUCACAGCCCUUUGUAAUGUGGCAAAAUUAUCACUCACUUACUUUGCUGUUGAGGCUCUAGGUGAUCAAAUACAAAUUUUAAACGAAAAUCUACUUUCGUUUAAUAAUCUGGUUGAGUUUCGUGUGGUCUCGUACUCAUCAAUCACCAAUUUUUCUUCUCAAGGACUACACAUUAUACUACAACACUCACCCAUUCUUGAAGAAAUUGAGUUUGAUGGGGGGCUCGUUCUGGAUGAAAACGGUGGAGAUGACAUUAACCCAUUACCAGCAUGCUUUGAGACACACGUGAAGAUUAUAACGAUAUAUGGGUUUCAAGGGAGUGAAGAAGAGCUGAAUGCUAUAAAGUUUUUGCUGAAGAUAGGACAAGUUUUGGAAAUAAUUUAUAUUUUCACCUAUGAAUUUGAUUUUGACUAUCCUGGGGGACCAGAGAAGUUAGAGAUGUUGUACGAACAGAUGUUGGGAUUUCCUAAAGCUUCAAUUGACUGUGAGAUAGCUUUACAAUAGACAACAUGAAAGGGAAAUAUUUGUCGGGGAAAAUUUGUUGAAUUUCA